AUGGCGCGAUAUGCAGACGCGGCGGCCUACCUAAAUGCGCUGGGGGACUUGGACGCGACGAACCGAGAUUCUUUCCAGUACGCCGUCUCACACGCGGAGAUCGCGUACACGCUGAGCGUGAAGCAUCGCCGCGGCGAUGCCGCGCGCUUCAACUGGCGCAGACCUCGCUACGACGGCGGUUGCGAUACGUGCAACGGAGACGAGGUGUCGGCGCUGGGGGGCACUAUUUUGGCUGGCACGCCCGCGAGCCUAUGGAUGAGCAAGCUCGACUCGUCUGUGCUGUGGUGCCUCGACUACAACCUUGGCACGCUCAAGUCCGAACUAAGCGUUGACGCCCACACAACUGUGGAGCGUUGGAUUCAGACUUUCGAAGAGGGCGUCGAGGCGCACAUGGCCACGAAGAUGGACGCAUCUUCCGCGUUCGCCGACCUGCUCGGCAGCGGCCCGCGCAAGCGCCCCGCUGCCGCGAAAGCUGCGCCGAAGCUUCGGGCCAGGCGCUCGGCGGGGAGCCAGCCAGCGCGGGCGGGAGUGAAGAAACGGUCCGUCAUGAAGCGCCCCGCUCGGCCCACGCCCCCAGCAGCCCGAACCGCGAAGGUCAUCACGCAGGUUGACGAGUCCUUCUUGAACAAGGGCAAGUUGCCCAAGUUGGCGAAGAACGCAAGGCCGAAGAAGGACAAGCUGUGGCUCUGGGGCGCCGUCGACCAGGGCUCGCCGCACCGGUUCUUCUUCAAAGUUUUGAAGUCGGUGGGGAAUGCUUACGACGGGAAGCCCAGGGGCAAGAAGGAGCUCUUGGACAACUUCACGGAGCUGCCGCCGCCCGCUGGGGUCAUCAUUGUCUCGGACAAGUGGAAGGGGACCAUAGCGGCCGCGAAGCAGUACCGCACUGACGCUGGCCUCACCGAGCGGACGCUGCCGCGCGAGGUAGUGAACCACAGCGCGGGCAAGAUCACGAACGAGAGAGGGUUCACUACCAACUACAUAGAGCUUCAAUUGUCAUUGAUCAAGCGAUGGAUCAGGAAGCGCCACGGCGGCAUGUUGCCCAAGAAGGCCAACAAACAGAAGUGGUCGAGGCCCCUUGCCGAGCAUAGGUUCCGCACCCACAUCAAGGCCGUUGAGCAGGAAGUGACUUUCAGAGCGCUGGCGGCCGCGUUCCAG